CCAGGCCUCUGCCCUCCCACCACCCCAUUGUCCGCUCUCCGCCCACUGCUGCCUCCGAUAACACGUACCGCCACCACUCCGCCCCCCUCGCCGCUCAUCAUCUCGCCCGCAGCGAACGGAUCGACGUGUUUUGUCCAGUUCAUCCUCAGGAGACAAGCAGCUGGGAGCUCUCGAAGGGUUCAAACAGCUCGAGCUUUCUGAUCCAGAGCAUCGCCGCACCUGCUCGCCAGCAUCUCCCCGCCUCGUCCACAGCACCGCCAACUUCAUUCUGCCAAGCGACCACCUGUCUCCUUCCGCACGACUCCGAUCAUCCCCGUUGCGCAGCAGGCUUCCUCCUUCCCGCACGGGACAGCGUAGCCAACACCACCGGCAGACGCCGUGCGCUCAGAGUAGCAUGGCCACCGCCGAAGUCGACAGCAGGCCGCCUGAGCGUCCCAACAAGCGCCGUCCAUUCGCCAAUUUCGUCAAACGCCUGACCAAUUUCAAACACGGAGACCAAAAGAAGGAAGACAAUGGCAAGAAGGGCAGUGGAGGCAAUGUUCUCAAGCACAAGAAGAACAACACGUCGUCGAGCAAGAACAACCCGUACCCGCAAUCUGGGCAUUUCCACCAACCGCAUCAAGAAAGUCAGCCUUCGCUGAGCCCAUCGGGACGAGAGCAAUAUGAGAGCGCGUCAUUCUCGUCGCUUCCGGGAAGCUCAGUGCAGGAGGAUGAGGGGCACAACGGCCACGGCAACAAGAGUGGAGCUCCAACGCUGGCAACAAACCCAGAAACGGUACACAGCGAUGCCGGGCACAGCAGAGCGGUAACGACGUCCACGGGUGCAGGCGCACUGAGUACGGCGGGUGCGAAUAGUACCUUCAGCUCGCCAAACCACAGCGAUCACUCUCUGGCAACUACCUUGACUACAAUCCAGUCGAUGUCAAAUGCCGCUGGACACCACAAUUCCUCGCAACAUACACACUACAACAGUCAGAGUCAGCCUAAUGGCACUCACUUUUCGCAUCAAUACCCGGUGUCGCCAGCACCAUCUGCGGCCAUGACUGCGUCUGCAAUUCCGCGACACUUGCACGCCGAUGCUACCGCCGCCUCGGUCGCAAACACCCCUGCGACUUACAGUUCGGCCACUGCCAACAACAUGCUCUCGGACAAUGCCAGCAUCCUCACCUUGGCUUCCUCGAGCAAGCGAAGGCGGAGAAGCAUGGAUACAGACGCAUCAGUGCGCGCUCUAGCCCCUGGAUCGACGUUCGGAGGCAGCCGCGAGUCACUGCCACUGAGUGUGUUGAGCAGUGGACAAGAUCCAUCUCGUCAAUCGAUCGGUGGCAUGCCUGGAUCAGCCAGUGCGGAACGCGCUAGCGUGUACUCUUCGUCAGGUCUCAUUCGGGAACUGCCAGGCACGCACACAUCUGCUCUACAGUCUGAGCGCAACUCCUACUACAACCGACCUGGUGACGCCAAAUCUUUGCGUUCCAUCACGAACAUCAAAGACGACGCACGAUCGAUCAGCGGCAUGGAUGCGCGUUCGCAGUAUGAUGCCAAGAGCAUACACGAUGUCGCGAGUGUGAGAAGUGUCGACACGAAAGGCGCUUUGAACAAUGAGUCUGAUCGUCAUCAUGUCCGAAACGGUAGUAUCCCGGGCAGCAUCGGCGGUCAAGCUUAUACCCCGAGUCUUUUGCGCCAAAGCAGCGCAGCCGGAACGCUGGACCUGAGUCGUCGAAGCAGCAACUGGGAUGAGCCGGAGCAGAAUAAAGAGAGCGCUGAUGCGGUGGUCGAAAACACUAGCAACAGCGCCAAAAAGCAACCAGCACAAGAUUAGGUCCCUUGCGAUGCCGUAUUCUAUUGCGGCGAAGAGAAUGGUAUCCUAUGGCGAACGAGGGGAAGGGCGCUCAGCGUGGAUUUGAUGCUCGAUCACGCGAGGACGAGAUAUUUGACAGAGCAGUCUCGGUUACGAGCGAGGAGGCUGGAGGUAUUGAGAACGGAAUACCAGAAUUCUUGAGGGCGGCGCACGGGAAGCUGGUGGGGUGGAUGUCCGUGUAUUCGGUCUGGAGUUUUGCUUACGAUUCGAUCAGUCUGUGUUAUUAUCCAAGAAGGUGUGCGCUCUUCAAGGCGUGGGGAACAUGGCGAAUUAUUGGGGAUCAACAGCACGAUACCCGGGCAGCAUGGCACAGUCGUGGAGUCUGAAAAUUGG